AUAGAAGUCGCCUGACUGUUGGGGUUUUCAGUAUUGCUAAAAAAUGGCCAAUCUUUGGCCUCACCUAGUCUAUGCAUUGGCAUUGUUCUUAUUAGCCACCAAUGUAGCAGCAGAAGACAAGCUACAACCACCACCAUUAUUCCCAUCCCCAUUUCCACUACCUAAGCCUCCCCCACCAUCUCAAUCACCUCCUCUUACAUCACGUAAUCUUCUACCGCCAUUCUCAUUCCCAUUCCCAAUUCCACUACCUAGGCCUCCACACCACAGGCGUCCCCUACCACCACCACCACCACCACCACCCCAAUCUCCAUCACCUCCCCCACCAUCUCCGUCACCACCACCACCAUCUCCAUCACCUCCGCCUCCUCCCAAGAGGUCACCUCCUCCUCCUCCCAAAAAGUCACCUCCCCCACCAUCUCCGUCACCACCACCACCAUCAUCUCCAUCACCUCCUCCCCUACCAUCUCCGUCACCUCCGCCUCCACCCAAGAAGUCACCUCCUCCUCCUCCCAAGAAGUCACCUCCCCCACCAUCUCCGUCACCUCCUCCCCCACCAUCUCCAUCACCACCACCACCACCACCAUCUCCGUCACCUGCUCCUCCACCAUCUCCGUCACCUCCGCCUCCUCCCAAGAAGUCACCUCCUCCUCCUCCCAAGAAGUCACCUCCCCCACCAUCUCCGUCACCACCACCACCACCAUCUCCGUCACCUCCUCCACCUCCCAAGAAGUCACCUCCCCCACCAUCUCCGUCACCUCCUCCUCCACCAUCUCCGUCACCUCCGCCUCCUCCCAAGAAGUCACCUCCUCCUCCUCCUCCUUCUCCCAAGAGGUCACCUCCUCCUCCACCCAAGAAGUCACCUCCCCCACCACUUUCAUCACCUCCUCCUCCUUCGAACGAGAAUCCGCCACCACCUCCCAAUUAAUGUUGACUAAAACAAACAUUCUCCGUACUAAGUUGUCUAAUAAAGUCAUAAAAAGAAUAAUUGGUGCUGAAGUAAUCAGAUGCCAUCGUCGGGGACUGGUUUACUACUACUGUUCAAUGCCAAACAAGGCAACCUACUUGAGACAAGUGGGCAUAUAUAAUAUACAAUAAAGGACGUACAUGAUGCCAUGCAGCUCAUGUGCAAAAUAUGAUUUUAUUCU